CACAAGGGGACCGGCGGUGGAGGGGAAGCGCGGCUCUCCGAGGCAGGUCUUCUCCAUUCCCCGUCUGCUUUCCUUUUUCCUUUCUGUUUUUUUUUUUUUUUUUUUGGGUUACCUUUUCGGCACAUCGCGCGCCGUUUUGUGCCGCGAGCGCUUGUUCGGAUCGGUGUCCUUUCGGGAAGGAACGCGACACACACACGACACGGUGUGCGAUUCGGAUGGCCGGGAUCAUACAGCUAAAGGCAGAAGAGAGAGGCGUUACGGGCGGAUCGAUCGGCGGAUGAUCGCGGCGCAGCCGGCGGCCGGGGAAAAGCAGCGCUUGCCUUGGCUUAUGCCAGGGCCGUGUAACAUUUCUGGGCCAAGAAACAGAACAAUUAUUCUGAACUGAUCCGAGGGCUGACCUGUAAAAAUCAUACUCGAGUACUAACGGGCGGGAUGGCAACCGGGUAAACGCCGCAGAGCCGGGGGGAUUGCGGGAUAUGGCCGACAACAUGACGGAAGACGCGGUCGGCGGCUCCGAGUCAUCCUUCAAGACGGUGGCCCUGCGGGUGGUCGACCUGCCCCUGUCCGUCUACAACUCCUUCUCGCAGGUGAAGCUGAGUGCCGGCACCAAGAAGCUCCUCGCCGUCACGGCCUUCGGCGCCGUUUCCCUCCUCUUCCUUGCUCGCCACUUCCGACGAAGAAAAGGGAGGAAGAAGGUCCAGUCUCCCUGGGAGCAGGCAAACUUCGACUUCCUCUCCGUGGAGCCGCCGGAAAAAGACUCGAGCCGCGCCAGCAGUCGGCAGAACCUCAGUCUCUCCUUGAACUCCAAGAGCUGCCCCUCCUGUAACGUUCUCUCCAACGGUGGCCUGUACAGCCGGCUGUCGGGGUCCCUGCAGAGUCUGGCCUCGGUGAAGAGCGUCAACUCCUCCAGCAGCUGCGCUUGCGUCAACAGCUCCAGCUGCUGGGACAAGGGAGGCGGCGACAGCGAGGCCUGCAACGUGAUCAACGUCCCCGUUACCACUCCGGAGAACCUCUACCUCAUGGGCAUGGAGCUGUUCGAGGAGGCCCUGAGGCGCUGGGAGCAGGCGCUGUCGUUCCGCAGCCGGCAGGCGGAGGACGAGGCGGGCUGCGGGGCCGUGAAGCUGGGGGCGGGAGACGCCAUCGCCGAGGAGAGCGUGGAGGACAUCAUCAGUGCCGAGUUCAUCCACAAGCUAGAGUCGCUGCUGCAGAGGGCCUACCGCCUGCAAGAGGAGUUCGAGGCUACGCUCGGGGUGUCGGAUCCCUCCGCGCACGACGACGACAUUGACAAAAAUACUGACAUCACGGUGCGAGAGGACGCGGAUGACCUUUGCCUGAGGGACACCAUGAGCAUCGCCUCCACGGACUCCUUCGUGUCGGCCGCUGAGCUGUCCGAGCACCGGGAGCUGAGGACUGCCUACACCCUGGGAUCGCUGUGCCACUACCCCCUGUACGAGGAGGCUCUGCAGCUGGCAGAGGAAGGCAAGGUCUCCUGCAGGGUGCUCAGAACUGAGAUUCUCGAGUGUCUUGGGGACACGGACUUCCUGGCCAAGCUGCACUGUGUGCGACAGGCGUGUCAGGUUAUUCUGCGUGACAGAGCAACCAGAGUGUUCCUGGCCGAUACGGGGAAGAGGAUACUGUCCUCCAUAAUUGUUAAAGCACACAAGAGCCCAAAGCGGUUUGAGGAGGUCUUUGAGGAGAUGAUGACUUUCUUGGAGCAAACAGACCACUGGGAGAACACCGAGGUGGAGCUGGCUACACGGGGGGUUAAGCAUUUGAACUUCUAUGACAUAGUCCUGGACUUCAUCCUCAUGGAUUCCUUUGAGGAUCUGGAGAAUCCACCCAUCUCCAUCCAGAACGUAGUCAACAACCGCUGGCUUCACAUCUCAUUCAAAGAAACGGCCGUGGCAUCCAGCUGCUGGUCCGUGCUGAAGCAGAAGAGACAGCACAUGAAGGUUCCAGAUGGAUUCAUCGCCCAUUUCUACGCCGUCUGCGAGCACAUCAGCCCCGUCCUGGCAUGGGGGUUCCUGGGCCCCAAAAGCUCUCUCCACGAUUUCUGCUGUUUCUUCAAGGACCAGGUGCUCUUCUUCCUGAAGGACAUCUUUGACCUGGAGAAGGUGCGCUACUCCGCCGUUGACACCCUGGCCGAGGACAUGCUGCAACUGCUCCAUCGUCGCUCUGAGCUGCUGCUGGCCUAUCUAGGGGCUGACUCCCUGCGUCCCCCUAACGGCUGCAUCAGCACCCAGUCUCCCCUGGUCUCCGGUGGGCUGCUGGAAGCCCGAGUUCAGUAGUGAGAUCCACGCACCCCUGCCUGUCUUCCAUAUUCUAAUGUCCCCUCCCCACCCACUUCCUCACCAGUGUGCACACAGACAUAAUGCAGACCUCUUGUCUCGCACAUAAUUCAUCCUGUCAGCUGCACUCAAUCACUGCCAGUCCCUACAGACUGCUCCUGGAGCAGACUCCUUCCAUGGGGAGUAUCUGGACACUGCACACCAGAUUUUCUGUGCUGUCAGUUUGAUACACCCCUUGGCCCAGACUCCACCCACAAGGUCUGUGUGACACACCCCUCUGGCCAGACUCCACCCACAAGGUCUGUGUGACACACCCCUCUGGCCAGGCUCCACCCACAGGGUCUGCCAUCUCUGCCUCUUCCAGCUCUCAUCCCACUCCCAUCUGCUUCUACAGGUAACAUUCUAGUGUUUGUCGAGGACUGUCCUUAUAGCACGGAUGACAAAAAAAAAAGUAAGGAUGGAAGUUCAGUUAUAUGACUGGCAUUGUCAAGUGUUUUAAACCUAAUGGAACACACUGUAAAUACGUGGCUUUUACAAAAUGUAGGCAGCGUACAGGAGAAUAGUUGCAAAAACUACCUCCUCCUAGUCACUUUGGACAGCAGUUUAAUCUUAGUAGCUGCAUUUUAUUUUGUUUGUACUUGAAACACUCGUGUGGCACACACUAUAUAUUUUUAGAGCUUGCCAAACCAUCCUUGGCCACCCAUGCGCAGGUGAAAGGAGUCUGCAUACGCUGCCGGUCGAACCGGUGCAACCCAAGCUACGCCUUCCUCGCUCUGUGACUGUGCAUGGAAAGCCACGCUGCUGCUUGUACGCCUUCGUCAAAGUCCGCUUUCCUGCCUGACGGAGAUCUCGGAACGUGAAGCAUUACCGCUGGAGAGUCCUUUCGCUGUAAGAGCAACCCCAGCUUAUUUUUCCGCCCCCAUGAUAUAACAUCACGUGACUUUUUAAAUGCACAGCGUUGGGCUGUCGUGAAUGUAUAAUACUUUUCUUACAAUCGAAUAUUAAGGCCUUACGGAUAACGCACUUAUA